GACUCAAUAUCAACCUAUUGAUGCCUACUCGUUUGCCAGGAAUAAUUGCGGAGAAUCCGUAUACAGAUCUAGAUAAUAACAUGAACCCAGAUGAAAAAGCAAAUUCAGAUGGCAAAAAGAAACCAUGUUUUAAUAAAAGAGGCUUAGUUAGUAUCAUCCUUUUUGGUAGUAAUGAAGAACAAAACAGAAGAGAAAGACAAGACAGUGAAAUAGAUGCAACUAUUGCUGUGUAG